AUGGAUCAACAGGAGAUACAACUUUUUCACAAUCUCCUCUACGAGCUCAUUGUUACCCUCAAAGAGCCAGAGCUUGGCGGGUUGAAUGCAGACAUCGCGGUCGACAUCGUCUUGGAAAUGGAACGACGUCUGAGAAAUCAUCAUUCACAGCAAGAACGCCAUGGACUAGAGCUGGAAGAAGCAAAAACAAGAGUUGCCGAGAAGAGCAAACAGUUGGCAGAGGUCCGGCGUCUGAAGCGGGCUCGGAGCCACAUCAACAACCAGUUGAAAGCCCUGCUUGGCCCUCAAUCUAGCGACAACAACAGCAACUUGUCCGCUGGGGGCAAAGGCACUGCUAAGACUGGACUGACUCACAAGAGGGGUGCCAGCUGGCUUGAAAACCCCAGUUCGAGAGACGAUGAACGCUCAUACAGGAAGAAGUACAAACAGCAAUCACCAACUAUCAAGAUGGAAGAUGCACCUGAAGCAGGCCCAGUUCGGAAGAAGGGCAAAAUGGAACCGCCACCUGUGAAAAGGGAAAAUGUACCUGGAACAGAUCCAGCUCCGGAGAGUCCCAGCGCCCACUGUCUUGCUUGCAGUCACACAUGGAAACAGCGCCCACCACGCAGCCUGAUCUGCCCACAUUGCAACAGUGAUUUUGUAAUCCUGUUGUUUGACCCAUGGCAGUCGGAGGAUCGUGGCUCUGCCUACAGGUCUUCCGCACCGCGCACAAAGGACUGA